AUGGGCCCCAGAGCAGGUACCCUGGUGAGCCUGGGUCUCAUCCUGUCCGUGUGGCUCACUGUCUACUGCUCUCGUCCCCAGGCUGAGGGCUUCUCCCAGGAAGGGCUGGAAGCCAGCAGCGCCAACCUGUGGGCCAAUGCUAACGCCUCCCUCCUGAAAGGCUUCUGGUGCCAGCCAGCCAGCCAGCUGUCCCGGGACCAGCUCUCAGCUCUGAUCAGGAGGAUGACGUUGCAGCAGGUGCCCCUCAAAGCCUGGCAGCUCUGCUGCCUGGCCAACCUGGCCGCCCUGCAUGGCCUCCAGGGUGACUUUUUGCUCCACCCGCCUGACCUGUUGCUCUUCUACAAUCCCCCACCUGCCUGCAGCCUGGGGCAGGUAAGGGAAGCCGACUGUCGGGCCUUCACUCGCCGUGCCGCCCUGGGGGACACUGAGCUGCUGGCCAACCUACCUGACCAGAGGGCCGCCCUGCAGCGUGCAGCCUUAGCCUGCCUGGGUGGGCCCCACCGACAGCUCAGUGCCUCAGACCUGCUUCUCCUUGGGAUCCUCGUGUGUGACAUGGAUGCGUCCAGCAUCCUGGCCUCGGACCCCCAUGUGCUGCAGAACCUGCAGCGCUGCCCCUGGCUGACCGCUGCCCAGCAGGCUGCUCUCAACACACUACUGGCCAGUGGGAGGACCACGCUUGGGCCCCCCGUCUCCUGGAACCUGGAGGGGCUGCAGGCUCUGGGACUGCUGGCCACCUACAUCAGCCCCAGCCUGUGGGUGCAGGUGCAGGAGGCUGUGGGCCUGGACUUCUUUGGCAGCAUGGUGGCCGCGUGCCGGGCAAGGCGGCUCAGCCAGCGUGACGCCAGGCGCUUUGUCACCAGCUUCCUUGAGGCUGAGGCCAAGGCCAAGUCAACGUCCUCACGGCCCAAGAGGGGCACAGCCACAGUGAGACCCUGCAUUCAAGGCAACAUCACAGCAGCCACGCUGCAGGAUGACCUCUUCCUGGUGCGCUAUGACUGCUCAGAGCUGGAGUCCUGCCUGGGCAGCCAAGUGCUCGAGGCCAACCUGGACCCCCUGCUCCAGCACCCGCUGCCUGCUGAGUGCCAGCAAAUCAUCAAGGCCAAGCUGGCUCAGAUCUACCCGAGCAGCAUCCCAGAAGAGCAGCUUCGGCUCAUCACCUCACUGGUCUACCUGUACUCUCACACGGAGAUCGGCCAGUGGAACAUCACAUCUAGGGAAACAGUCAUGGCCCUGCUGGCCUCAGACGUGGCCCUGGAGAACCAGACAGAGCCCCACCAACUCCGGUCCUGUCCCCAGGCCAUCCUGCAGAAGUUCCUGGACCACAAAGGCAAUAUCACCAGUGCACUGCUCGUGGCUAUUGGGGGCUCCCGCCUCUGCUGGAUGAGCCCCCUGCAGAUCCAGGCUAUCCAGCCCUCAGAGUUCCGGCUGGCCGGUGCCCUGGACAUCUCCUCCUGCCCCCAGAGCCGGAAGGACGUGCUCUAUUCCAAGGCCCGAGAGGUCUUCAGCAGCGCCAGGACCAUGGCUGCCUACUACCACUUCAUACGCCCCUACCUUGGUGGUGCCCCCUUGGAGGAUCUGCAGCACCUGGCCCAGGCCAACGUCUCCAUGGACAUCCACACCUUUACCAACCUGAACCCCCGCGUGCUGCAGAGCCUAAGCGUCGACGAUGUGACGAUGCUGCUCGGCCAGAACGUGGGGGACCUGCAGAAAGCGCGCAGCCACCCGACCAUCAGCUCCUGGCUCCGCAGCCUGAACAGGUUGGCUCUGGGCAAGCUGGGCCUGGACACGGACCCCGCUGGCCCCACCGGCCCCACCCCCUCGACCACUGGGACUCACAACACAACUCCCUGGGUGUCCCCUCCAGUCUCCACAUCCAGCGGGUCUGGAAACGACGCCCCCACCUCAGGCAGCCCACCAGCCCACCUGAGGUAUCUGCCACUUGCCAUGGCCUUGCCCUACAGCCUCCUGUGGCUGCUGUAUUGGGACACCCUUUCUCUAUUGGUGGGGCCCUUUUGGGACUGCUCACCGGGCACCUGCACAAUGGCUUCCAAAGACAGCAAUGUGCUGGCAGCACAUGCAGGAAAAUUGGGGCUGGUAGGUGGAGCUGGACGCCAGCCCAGGCCAAGAUGCAGGCCCCAGGCCCAGGGAACCUGGCCAUAUCCCACAGCCUAG